UCUCAGUAACUGAUUCCGGUGCUUUGUUUGUACUUUGGGGAAAUUAAUUGUGCAAAAUUACAAUUUUGAUGCUUUGAAUCAGGCAGGGACAAAAGUCACACCACCCUAAGCCAAUGGAAGAUAGUUGCUCCGCGAUGCGGCCGCUGCGCAGCUCGUCUCAUUCAUUCUGGCUAACGCUAGCUUUGUAGCGGUGGUCCACACUAACCUGACCAGGGUUUGCGUUUCUAGCCUUCGUUAGGUACUUUUAGCCGCUGGACCUGACUUGUAUUGUUAAGAUCCAGCGUGACUUCAGUUUUGUGUUUCCCGUCAGCUAUUUAAUCAGUCUCGUUUGGAUUAGGUGAGCAACAUUAAUUGUUAUUCCCAAAAAUGGAUUUUGAACAUAAAGCGAAAGCAGUGGCCGACUGCUUGAUGAGCUACAGGAAGGAUGAGUCUGGAUGGAAAGUCUGCAAGAAAUCGAACGAUGUCAUUGUGUCGUGGCGACCCUCGUCUGAGUUCCCGGGGAAUCUUUAUAAGGGUGACGGGAUUGUCAACGGCACUCCUGAAAAAGUGUGGGAAUGUCUUAAACCGGUGCCCAAUGGACUCAGAGUCAAAUGGGACAACAAUGUCAAAAGGUUUGAGGUUCUGGAACAAAUUACAGAGGACAUCUCGAUCUGCCGAACAGUCACGCCCUCUGCAGCUAUGGGCAUCAUAGCACCACGAGACUUUGUAGAUGUUAUUUUAAUUAAGCAAUACGAAGAUGGCAGCAUUUCUUCAAAUGCUACCAAUACAAUUCACCCGAGCUGCGCUCCCCAGUCUGGCUACGUGAGAGGAUUCAACCAUCCCUGUGGUUGCAUCUGUGUCCCCGUCUCAGGAGAGCCCAACAAAACCCAGGUGCUGACUUUUUUCCAAACCGACCUAGGAGGCUACCUCCCUCGCUCUGUGGUUGACUCAUUCUUCCCCUCCAGCAUGGCGGAGUUCUACAGCAACCUGGCCAAGUCUGUUAAAUCACUCAAGGACUUUUGACACAAAGAGUUGAAUUCCUGCCUGAGGGCUGCUCACGAGUAGUUCAGAUGUUCAUGCCAUUUUUAACAGUCUAAGUCAACAGUAACGAACAAGCUCAGAUUAUCAGAUGAUCACAUGAACAUAGACGUAUUUGUACACGUGUUAAAAGCAUGAAAAACAUUCCUUUUUUAUGAGAAUAGUGUGGCAUUAGACAUUUCCUCUUCUUACUUGCGUGUAUAGUAAACAUGCACAUUGCACGGCUCUUAGUCAACGUAUGCUGAUAUCGUUUAUUGGUUUUAACUUCAUACCUCACAUUUACAGCUGGUAAAAGAAGUAUGAAACACAUCACCGAUGUUUCAAGUAAAUAUAUUUCUAAAGUUCCUAUUGACCCUUAAAUUUUUACUAUGUGUGUAACAACCCAGUUAAUCCACACAUGCAAAGAAAUCAAACCAUAGAGGUUCAUAAAGUUAUUUAUAAUAACAAAAAGGGGCAGAGGUUAAACACGUGAAGAAAGUCAUGACUGCAACUGAAAUCCAUCAGUAAUUAGAACGCAAUCCUGCCACUCAGUGCAAAUUAAUAUGAGCUUGUUCAGUCCCACCUGAUGGCUUAUAAAAAGUAACAUUACCAAGGUGUCACACAAGAAUCUCAUGAUGCUCUGCAGCAACUUUAUUGUUGCAAACGAUACUGAUGGCACUGGUUACAGAGGAGGUUUUAAAAUACUGAAGGUUCCAGUGAGCACUGUUGGGACCAUAAUCUGACCAAAAACCAGCCACAACCAGGUGAUUCCUGCAACAUUUCAGACAGAGGAGUGAAAAGAAUAAUCAGAGGAGUUUUCCAGCAGUGAAGGACCACUUGUAGAAAGCUACAGAAACACCUGGAUCAGUAGGUACUGUUAUUUCAAAGAAAAAAUGAAUGCACUCCACCCCCAUGGCCUGUAUCCAUGUUCACCAUGCGUAACUUCAUUGCUGAAUAAAAAGCAUGUUGAAAUACGUUUAAAGUUUGCUGAACUUUUAAACAAAUGCUGGGAGAAUAAAGUCUGUUCAGAUGAGACCAAAACUGAACUGUUUGAUGCCAUAAUAGAGAUCAUCAGAAUCAGAAUACUUUAUUAAUCCCGAAGGAAAUUAUGGAAAAUUAUCAAAUUAUUAUCAACAUCAUAUUAUCCAAGAAACGCUAUACCAACGGUGAAGUUUGGUGACAGGAACAUCAAGGUGUGGGGCUGUGUUUUCAGCUUAGGGUGCUGGCAUGCUUCACAUAAGUAAAUGAAGGAUGUGUGGGGAAUGUACGGAGACAUUCUUGAUAAGAAUCUGCUGCUUAAAGACUGUUUAUGGGGAAGAGUGGGCCACAACUCCCAGCAAUGCAUAGUUCUUCGACUUGAAGCUGCCAUCACCAACAAAGGCUUCUGGAUAAAUUUCAGUAACCAUGUUCAAUACUUACACAUCAUUUUUUGACAUCUAUGGUUUGAUUUCUUUGCAUGUGUGGAUUGGAUGGGCUGUUACUGACAUCUGUUAGAAUUUCAUGACAGUAGCACUGUUUCAAAUAUUUACUUAAAAAAUGAGUGACAUUUUCUAUACUUAUUUUACCUGCUUGUUCGUGUUGUACUUGAAUUCCUGUGGUUUUGUUCACCUGCAAACGAUGAAUAUCUACCUCUUUUAUCAGUUAUACUAAAACGAUGAAGUAUACAUUGGAAUUCGUGGGGAGCCCUUGUAAGCAAAACUUUUUUUUUUCCUUCUGGCGAACCUAAAAUGCCUUUAAAUUGGAUAUUUUUAAUGCUGUUCACCUGAGCAGAAGCGUCUUCCUGUGACUUUCAUGGCUGUGUUUUCUGAAGCACAGUUUCCAUUCAGUGGAACUUUGGUAGACUGGUUCAGUAAUGACCAAAUCAAUUAUAUUUCAUUUAGGAAAACCUAAAAAGGUUUUUCUUUUUUGUUGUUGUCAAUUUUAUACCAAUUUAUAAAACUAUGACUGACAGAUUUGAUGUAAAAAGUUUUGAAAAUUAACUAUUUUAAGUGGCAUGAGGUAACUGCGUGUGUAAGACAGAAUGAUAAGAAUAACUGCUGUGUAACUGGCUUAAGAUAUCAAACUGUUACAACCCAAUUCAAAAGAAAAAGGAAAUUUUCGGUGACGGUGAAGUAUCGGCAAGGUACGGUAAACGUCACACGUGAAACAAACAUAAUGAUGAAAUGAAAGUGAGACAGAAAAUAAAAAUAAGUGGUAUUUAUAAGAUGACUAUAAGAGAUAAAAAUCACAGAUGUUAAUAAACGCUGUACGCGUCGUGAUAUUUGGACAAAGUUUUGUUCUGAUUGGCUGACCCAUUAUGGAGGAUAGCUGAAUAUGGGUAAGAGCUUAUUUCAUCUUUUUCUGUUUUAACAAGUAAGCAAACAUUCAAUUGAAUCUGUAGAAACUACAGUAGUCUAUUUGCAGUGUUUUGGGGUUUUUUACGGGGAGGGGUUACAGUUUGUAAAUCCUAAAGACAAACGUACGUUUCUGAAUGGAAGUGCACUGAUUUUAAUCUUAAUUUAAUCUAAUUUCAUUUUCAAGACAGAGUGGGGGACUUUGCUAGCACUUAAUAAUAAUGCAUAAUAGUGUCAUACUAAGCAUUAUCAAGGUAUUAGCAAGAGCUUAAUUCACCUUUUACAUUGCAUUACACUGUAUUAUGCCAUUUAUAAAUAUAGCUAUAUUAUUAUGAAUAUGACCAUGACUAUGAUUAUUGCUAGCAGUGAUGUAGUGUCAGUGAUUGCUGUACACGGUGUUCGUAUACAAAACCACAUACUAGGGAGGAUUAAUUACAUAUAAAAAAAUAAGUACUUGCUAAUAGGCUAAUGCUUAAUAGUGUGACACUAUAAAGUGCUACUGGAGCUUCACAUUAAUUUAUAGUGUUUUGUUUCUUCAAAUUCUAUUGAUGGAACACAUGGAUUAGGAAUUUUUAUUUCUUCAGCAUUAUGACAAUUUUUGCCAAUUUGGAUUUCCUUUCGAAGAACCAUAACUGACAGCAUAGACAAAUAAAAUCCCAUUAUGAUCAAUUACCUACAAUUAUCAACACUUUAAUGAACCAAGUUCAAACCAACACGUGUAUAAUAGUCCCCACUGUAUUCACUGAUUUGACGGGUUGUAAUCACAGAGUUGUGGUUGUAAUCAGUAAAAAUAAAUGAAUAUGAGUAAACUUUGAA